AUGGAUUCGUUUGCGAUGUUGAACGAAGAAGUGUUCAAGCAUCUGUGUAGCUUAGCUAUUGAUAAAAACUUUGUCAAUGACCUAUGUAGAAAGAAGGCCGAAGAUGAAGAAUUUGUAACAAGAAGAAGCGACACUAAAAUCGAAAGUCACGAUGAGUUGAGAGAUGCUGAUUCUACUGUUCAUGGUGACCAAAAUCUUGCCCUUCAUUCUGAUAUUAUGGAUGAGGACUUGGAUGAUGGCGAAGUUAUGGUACCCUACGAUGAUAUGACUGAUGUUCAUAACAUUUGGUUGGAUUCUGCCGCGGUACCUGACGACACAGCCCUUCCUGACGCACUGACAUUCGAAUCUAUAGAUUCAGGUCGCAAUGAAGCUGGCAGUCGAUUGGAUGAGAAACCUUGUGUGUCGACAAUCUCUCUUUAUUCGCUGUAUUCAUCUGUAUCGGAGUCAGCUAACGACGGGGAGGAGACUUUGUUGGCUUCUGACCCCACUGAAUCUUUACUUCGAAAUUGCUUGUAUAAUAGUGCACAAGCUCCCAUGUUUGAUCCUUCGACACUAGCAUCAUCGUGUGUCAAUAAUUUGUCUGCGAGCUGUGAUAUUACCAAUUCUUCAACCAUACAACCGGUUCUAGCUGGUGAAAGUGAUCAGAUUUUCCUUUCUCUUGGCAACAAUAAAUAUUCUGAUCUCAAGACAUAUCAUGGGCACACACUUGAGCGAUAG